UCUAUUCGCUACUUUCGCCGCAGUGCCGCUUAUUGAAGUUCCCCGCGCGAACUUGCCCCGCGCGUGAAUAGGCGCGGUGGAGAGUGUUGGCCAUAUGUGGGGGUCGUUGCUUAAAACUGGUGAAGUGAAAUAUUAGUUGAUGUUGAGGAACCCAGUGACUAGCUAAUCAAGUGUUUGAAGACUAGGGUGUAAUGUCCCGGGCGGUGACGGUGGCUGUAUCACCGAACUUGAAAGACACCCGAAUUUGAGGCUGAGGUUGGCUCUGAAUAUCAGAAGUGUGUGGACCUGACUUAUUUAGAACUUGAACUGGUGUGAAACAUGUAUUCUUGAAAAGAUACUUUGAUUAUGUUGUCUUGCCCAGCAAAGCAUUAAUUGGUCUGCAUGAUCUUACAAUAAAGCACUGCAACUGUGUCACACUGACUUACUGGUAGUGUGGUUAAUGUGUCCUUGUUAACUGCUGAGUCUGGGAAACCAGAGGUAUGGGUUCAAUUCAGUGUGGUGCCUGUCCUUCCUGCUAGGGAGAGAGGCAGAUGGUGGCAUAUAGCCUCAGCAGCCCAGUGUGUCAUAAAGCCCCAAUGACACAACUACAUCAGACUGUAGAAAUACAUGUGCCAAACAUGACUGGUGUGGGGUAACAUCACAACAGUAAUUGUUUGGUGUAUAGCUGGUACCCAUUUGUGUGCAUGGAAAGUCAAUUUUUCAAAGAAUUGUGAUGUUUCCAAGGCGACUAGCCAAAAAUACCCCAUAACAAGAAAAAUGGUGUACCGUGUCUGUGUAAUUUGGCCUGGCUAGAGUUUGGCACUCACAAGUUCAAGGUGAGGCCCAGCCAGUGGUGUUGUAGCAUUUAUUCAGUCAGGAAAAAUCUACACUAGAUGAUGCCUGUUGACGUGGCACGGUAAACAUGGGGUGCUCUGUUGCACCAAGCUCAACCAGGCAAAAUCCUGCAUCUGAGUGAUAAGUAUGAUCAGAUCAUCUUACGUCUUCCCAUGCCUUGCUGGUCUAGCUUUUCUUUCAUCCCUAGGCCAGUGCUUUGGUGUAUGGGACUGCUGACAGAUGCCCUGGGUCAAGUCAACCAGAAUAUGAUUGAUAGAUACCAUGUGACAUCUCACGAUACAGGCCUUGGUCAUCCUUGAUAGCUGUGGUGCCAACCCCCCCCAUGGUUUGUCAGGUCUGGUGUUGCUUGCAUAUCUUCCAUGGAGCACAUUUGGUGCUGUGUUACCUGGUUUCUGGUGCUGGGUUCUUUUCUGCUGCCUCUGAUCCAUCAAGGGCACUCACAAAAGUGAUGCGCUUACUGAUCUGCCUUAAAAGCUACUGCCUUUAGUUUCAAUGCAUUGGUAUUUGCUGUUGUCAUUUUGACACAGACUGCUGGUUGGUCUGUCUGUUGCUGUCACUUUUUAUUACUUGACAGACUGUUCUGAUCAAAUUUGGUGCACUCUUAUGAAAUGGUCUUGCCCAAUAUCACCUUAUGUACAAUAAAUGAAAUGUAUCUAGUUAGGCUACAUGAAUAUAGUUAAACUCUCCAACUCUCAUGAACAAUGGCUUAAUGGUAUGAUAUGAAAAGUCACAGAUGUGUCCUUCUUCACAUGAGAAAUCAGCAACAACUGCAGCCACAGGUGGCUGGAAGACUUGUGUAGUGAAUUGGUGUGGACAAGAUGGCUCAAAAUGCAUUCAUGCAUCCGCGUAAUAUAUACCGAACCCCUCCAGACUUCAAAGCUCUGGUAGAUGGCUUUCCGGACAUCAGGAAACACGUAACCACAGAUGUGUCGGGCAAGGUUAAAUAUGACUUCAAGGAUCCGGACGCCCUGCGCGUGCUGACGCAAACGCUGCUGCUGAAGGACUUCCAGCUGGACGUGGAGAUUCCGGCAGACAAGCUGGUGCCUACGCUGCCUAACCGGCUCAAUUACAUCCUCUGGCUGGAGGAUAUCGUGCGCGCCCUGAAGCUGCCCAAGGACGAGACCGUUGUCGGCCUGGACCUGGGCACGGGCCCGUGUGCGGUGUACGCGCUGCUGGGAGCCCGGCGCGGCUGGAGGAUGGUGGCCACGGAGCGUGACGCCGACUCGCUGGCCGUGGCGCGCCGCAACGUCCAGAAGAACAGUCUGCAGCAGCUCGUGCAGGUGCUGGAGGCCGACGCAAGCCUCGUGACGGGGCCGCUGCAGUCGGCCGGGCCCGUCCACUUCACGCUCUGCAACCCGCCGUUUUUCGACUCUGAGAGUCCGGCGGAGGGCGGCGAGGCGCGCGCGCGCCGGCCGGUGGCGUGCCCGGGCGGCGAGCGGGCGUUCGUCGGCCGUCUGAUCGCCGAGAGCCCGCAGCUGGCCGACCGGUGCCGCGUGUUCACCACGAUGCUGGGUCACAAGUCGAGCGUGCGGCCGAUGAAGCGACUGGCGUACGAGGCCGGCGCCGCCGAGGUCAUCACCACCGAACUCUGCCAGGGCAACACCAAACGCUGGGCCAUGGGCUGGACAUUCCAGGCCGGCCUGGCGCUUGACCAGGUCAAGGGCAUGAAGCAGACGAAGAAGCGCGCGCCGGUGCAGUGUGUAGUACCGCGAGACAUGGACGGCAUCCCUUACGACAUCCCCAGUGUUAAGCAACGCGUGGUCGGCUGGCUUGAGGAGCUGCAGACCGAGGUGGAGCCGGGCAAGUGCAACAAGUACUUUGCCUCAUACAAGGUGACGGCGGCGGCCGACACGUGGACGCACAAUCGGCGGCGGCGGCGCGCGCAGGAGCGGCUGGGCGCCACCUCCGACCUGGAGCCGUCGCCGAGCUCGGCCGAGCUGGCCGGCUCGCCCGACCCCGACUUCGACCACGAGCCGGGCGCCGAGCCAGGCUCCGACCUGUCUGACCUGUCUUGGCGCUCGGACACCGCCGAGCCACCGCCCAAGCGGCCGCGCGCCGACUCCGAGUCGGCCGAGCCAGCGGCGGCCGCGGCCGAGACCGGCCCGGCGGCCAAGCGGCCGUGUCUGGAGGCGAGGCUGGGAGCCGUGUCGCUGGCCGAGCCCAAGCCGCGGCCGGCCCUCGUCUUCACGCUGUUCGUGCAGAAGAAGGGUCACGAUAUCCUGCUGCAGAUGACGCUGCUGACCGGCAAGCUGGCCAUGGACGGCAUGAACGGCGUGCUGCUCUUCCUGAAGAACAAGAUGCGCCAGCGGCUGGUGAUGAGCACGUCCUCCGGGCCGGCUGCUGGCGCCGUGCAGGGCAGCGGGGCCGCCGCCGGGCCGUCAGCAGCGGUGAAGGAGGGCAUGGGCCGCGUGUUGCACCACCUGCGAGACAAGAUGCGUCAGAAGAUUCGGCUGGACUCGCCGGCCGCUGGCGCUGCCACGGAGCCGGCGUCACAGUCCGAGCCGGGCUCUGUCCAGACGGCCGGCGGAGCGACCAGCUCACCGUGACGGUCGGAUGCUCACUCACCUCGGCCGGUGCCGGGCUCGCUAACGCGCGGCUGCCUCACAUGCACCCUGUUUCAUCUGGCGCAUGAGAAGUUGCACAAUCGUGUUGCCUCGGAGAUGAGAGGGAACCGGGCUGUGUGGGAGAGCCUCUUUCUAGAGUCAAUGUAGACCGUAGGGCACGUUGAUUAAUGGUUUCAGCGCGCCUGCUUCGUUCGGCCCAAAAUGUUAAGAGGCUGAGCAUGAACCGACCCUGCCGUUCAAAGAUGAGCCCGCGUGUGCCACGUCUUAGGGCAAAUCGAAAAGUUGAAGAGACUGCGGUAACUGGUUGCGGUGCUCACACACCGAUGGGUAACAGUGCCAUUGGAAUCACUCAAGGGCACAAUGAAUGCAACCCAUGUCUUCUAGACACUAUACAGCCCUUUUCCACAGUACACCAUUUUCGCCAGUGUGAAUACUUUUUUAUUCAAGCAAUUGCAUUUGUGUUCCGACUGACUGACUGAUGUUUGCUAUACGUGAUCUACGUCGCGAUGGAUAAGCUGUUGUGAGGGUCAGAAGGAUAUGAGCACAUUUGUUUUCGUUUGAUGUGUCACGUUUUCACACGCAGUUUGGAUUAACGUCCCAGCUUGUGUUACGCCCGAGGACGUUGAUCCCAAAACUGGUAGGCAUUGUCUCGUGCGGUUGGGAGUACAGCAUCAUUAGACAGGGACGGUUGAGAGACCAUCUCCCGCCAGACGCAGACAGUCGAGAGAUGUUUCCGUCAAACGCGGACAGCUGGAGGUCCAGCUUCUGUCAUACACUGACGGCCGAGA